AUGCGCCCCCAUCAAGCUCCUCAGACGAGUCCUGGGUGCGCGCGAGGAAGCCCAAGGGUCUCUUCGCACUCUCCUGUCCUGCUCCCACCUUCUGCGCACAUACUCAAUGCCAAGGCUUCCAGUCCCAACAACUCUGGAUCCCUUAUAGUUAGUCAAUGCACCACGUCUCUGCGAACGCCUGGCGUCAGUCGUUCUGCAUAUGUGGGUUCUCCUGCCUCGCGAACGAAGGGCCCCGAUAGGUCCAUACACAAAUCUAUAGAUCUAGAAAACCCCAGAUCCACACAGCAGCAGGCCCAGAAUCAGCAAUGUGCUAUCCUUGCAAAGAAAGUUGCUCAAUUAGAGCGCCGCGUUGCAGAGCAGGAAGUACGAAUUUUAGAUCAACAAGAACGUUUGUCCCAUUUGGAGAAAUGUGAGACCCAGAAUGACGCAUUCCAUGCAGUGAUGAGGCUCUCAGAUGAGGUUAGCGCUCAGUUUGUCGAAGCCAUGGGGAAGCUCAAUGACCAAUUUAAGCUUGUGCAAGCGGACAUAGAGUAUAUUAAUGGAGAGAUAGCAAAGAUCAUGGGCGACACAAAGCGCCGGCAACAAAUCGUGACGCAGCACGGGGCAAACAUAGACGCUAUAGUCAGGGAUUUAGCAUAUCUCAAAAAAACAUUUCAUAGAAAUCUGAACGCACAUGCAUAG